UGGGGACCGAGACCGGUGUUUGUACGUAAGAAAACUGGUGAACGGAGAAUCUGUAUCGACUACCGAGCGUUGAACAAGGGGAUGGCGUUGAAGGCCUACCCGAUACCCUUGCUCUGGGAGCAACUGCAGGUAGCGGCCGGUCACAAGUAUUAUGUGUGUCUAGACUGUAAUCAUGGCUUUUGGAAUGUACCCCUGGGGGCAGAAAGCCGACAGUUUACUGCGUUUGUGUCGCAUACACUGUGA